AAUAAAUCAGCACGUGCGGGCGUGAGACACUUGGGUCAUACGUGUUAUGUAGCCGGAGUGCCCAGAUACCUGCCAAUCUGCUUCUGGAAUUGGUCGUUUACAUUUCCUGGACAUCGAGCGGGCUCAAUAAUGGCUGCUGUCUCAGAGGAUACUCUGAGUGCUCAGGAUGCCACCAUGGACCAGGAUGAAGAAUGGAAGAAAGCAGGGAAAGGAAAGAAAAGGAAGAGAAAUAAUACUGAGAAGAUGGAUGAUGAACAGGCUGGAGAAGCAGCUUCAGCCACAGCGGGACGGCCAUAUUUCCCACCUGUGAAGAGGGAAAAGUUGCAAAAUGGAGUGGAAGUGCGCAAAAUACCAGUACCUGCCCAUAGGUACACGCCUCUGAAGGAAAACUGGAUGAAAAUUUUCACGCCUGUUGUGGAGCAGCUGAACCUGCAAAUCAGGUUUAACCUGAAGAUCAGAAACGUCGAAAUACGGACUUGCAAGGAGACUACAGACGUGAGCCACCUGCAGAAGGCGGCCGACUUCGUGCGCGCCUUCAUCCUGGGCUUCGAGGUGGACGACGCGCUAGCACUGCUGCGGCUCGACGACAUCUUCAUCGACUCGUUCGACGUCCAGGAUGUGAAGCACCUCAAGGGGGACCACCUGUCACGCGCCAUCGGCCGCCUGGCCGGCAAGAACGGCAAGACCAAGUUCACCAUCGAGAACCAGACGCGCACGCGCAUCGUCGUGGCCGACCACCGCGUGCACAUCCUGGGCGCCUUCGCCAACACGGCUGCCGCGCGGCGCGCGCUGUGUGAGCUGAUUCUGGGGAGCCCGCCUUCUAAGGUGUUCGGCCACAUCCGGAACGUGGUGGUCACGUGAGCGGUGACCGCGGAUGUGCCGAAAACCUUAUCUCUUCGGGGAGAUGUGAGCCGAAGCGGUGACGUGUGUCGUCCCGUCCCGGACGCCGUGAUGUCACGGCGCGUGGCGCGUGCGCGGCGCGACUCCCGCACAGCGACUGGCAAUGGCGGGAGUGUGUCGACGCUGGGCCUGGUGCGGACGGCGCGCUGAAUGUGGCGUGAGACUCAGCGGCCCUGCUGGAACGUCCCGGUUGUCGUGGUCAUACUGGGCAGUAAGGAGCUGCGGGUGGGCGUGGGGAGCUGUUGCCCGCUUCGAUGGGCUCCACGGCGUGUGGAGGCCAACGGGGGCCUGCUGCAGCCUUUGUGAGAUAGUAAUGCUGCUGCUGCUGUGGAAAUUCCGUACCAGUGGCCUCAACAGGAUGCGCAUUGAUUGCCUGAUUUUAGAAGUAGUUAUGUCGCUGGCGAUCAUUUUAUUGAUUGCAGGAUAAGUGGCCCCUUUGGACAGUCUCGUGUGCAAAAGCAAGACACAGGUUUUGGUUGCAAAGCGCUACAAUUUGUAUUAAGUUUGGCCGGAGGGAUUCUUUGCAUUAUGCUGUGAUCUGAAAUAGCUAGCAUACGGCUUUGCAUCAUUAUUUCCUUGAGCGAACGAUUGGGCCUCGAGGGGUAAACGCGGAGGACCACAAAGUUAAAUUAUGUAUUCUUUCGCUCUUUUAAGGUCAUAUAAAUGAACACAAACAGGAUGCGAAGUUGCCAUGCUGUAUUGUACCACGCCUCGUACGUGCUGAGAGUCCCGACAUACACGUCCGUCCGAAAACGA